UAGCCGCCCGACUUGACGAUGCUGCUUAGUUCGAACUUGAACAGCGUUGAGUGCGGUUGCGACGGUGCUAAGACCUAAGACCCAAUAUCGAGGCUACCAUUUGAAGAGCAGCAGCAGCAGACGAGAAUUUUAGUCGAAAACAUGAACAGCGAUGAGUUGGCAAUGAUCAAGAAGACCUGGGAGAUUCCCGUGGCGACCCCAACAGACUCUGGAGCUGCCAUACUGACAGCUUUCUUCAAUCGCUUUCCGUCCGCAUUGGAAAAGUUUCCAUUUCGCGAUGUGCCCCUGGAAGAGUUGCCCACCAAUGCACGCUUCCGUGCCCAUGCUGGGCGCAUAAUCCGGGUGUUUGACGAAUCGAUUAGGGUGCUCGGCCAGGAAGGCGAUCAGGAGAAGCUGGAUGAGAUCUGGACCAAGGUGGCUGUCAACCACAUUCCUCGCCGCAUAUCUAAGGAAUCUUACAAUCAACUCAGAGGCGUAAUUCUGGAAACGCUCACUGCUGUCUGCAAUCUGGACGAUAGUCAACAGGAGACGUGGACUAAGCUGGUCGACCACGUCUAUAGCAUUAUAUUCAAGUCCAUCAACGAGGAAGGCGAUGCCAUCUAAACUGAGCCAGACGAAAGGCGUGAGAGCAGGAGCGAGAGCGGAGCGGGAAAGUAACGAAUGCAGUUCACAUUGCAAGGCACAGCUUAUGUAGAUUUAAGUAAAUGAUAAAUGAUAAAUGUUAGCUAUUUUCAUUUUGUAUUUAUGAGUAAAAGUCCAACACACAAGAACACCGGCAAAUAAAUACACACACACACAGACAUGACACACUAACACACUCGCACACUGCUCCGUAAAGCUUUAACCCAUUGUCAGCCUUAAGCACUUAAUAAGAAUACAAAUAAA